UUGUUUUCGUUCUUUGGCACAUUUAAAAUACAAAAAUUGUCAGUUUCUUAAUUUUUCAAAAUUAAACAAAAAAAUUCUCUACAAAAUUAAAAAAAGAAGAUCUCUCCUAAAAAACAUGGUCGAUGCAAUUUUCAAUAGCCUUUUAGUGGGUUCAUCUGGUUACGCGCUGAGUGUGGUUGCUCCCGCAGAACAUCCCUUCAUAUUCACCGCCUGUGCUGUGGGUUUGUGUCACGGGAUUUUGGGUCUCUAUGGCAAUAUUUUGGAAGGAAGUAGUAACAGCCAGAGAUCUGCAGAUGCCCCAACAGCCGAUGAUAGUGCAAUGUGCCAGUUUCAAAAUUUAACACAAAGUUGUGUGGAUAUCGUUACGGUGCCGCUGAUAAACAUAGACUUCUACAUACAAUCACAACAGUCGUCAGCCCUGGCUCUGGGUCAUGGAUUAUUUGUAGUACCAUUGGUCUUCGAUUUGUCGUUUAAGAUAUUCGAUAGCGAGGGUGAUGGCAAUGCCACAGAAACUUUAAAAGAAUUAACUAUUUUGGGUAAUAUUGUUUCCUUGGUAUUCUUGUCGGUUAAUGAAAAUAAUCUAACCUAUGGAUUGAUGGCAAUGUCGGCUCUAUUGGCUCAAUUCGGCUCAAAUGCCAUGGAGAAUAUACUUAGGGGAUCUGGAGCAAAUAUCGCCCUGAUGGGAUAUUCAUUAAUGUUUUCAUUGAUUCCUGAGGCUAUUGCGAAUUCGGGUAGUGCAUAAAAUUAAGUGGUACAAAGUUUUGGUACAAAAUUUAUAAAAAAACAAGGUGAAAAUAAAAGUUAAUAAAUAUGAAAUCUAUUUUAUUUAUAUCUGAUAAAUUUAA